UGUGGUUUGACAUGUUGAAUUGACAGCGGAAGGCAAGGGCCGGCUAGGGGAAGAAUUUAUUUUAUUUCAGAAUCAGAAUGAAUCAAGAAGGCGUACUUGCUAGUUGCGCCGUUUGCAACCAGCAAACCCAUCGAAGGUGCGCUCGCUGUCUUAACAUUUAUUAUUGUAACACAGAACAUCAACGGCAGGAUUGGAAAAGACAUAAAAGUGAAUGUGCACCGAAGUUACAAAAACAGGAUCAGCGCAACGACAAAUCUGGCGAACAUUCCUCGCAUAUCCAAGAUAAACUAAAGAUAGAGAAUGAGGAGAUCAUAGCAAACACUCUAGUGAAUAGUGAUAAAAAAGAACAAGCGCCACAAACUGGUAGUGAAGUGAGACGUUUAAAAAAAGCCAAAAACAAAUCCCUCAAGAAGGAGGGUAGUGACAUUGUUAGUGAUAAGAAACCCUCGCAAAUACAGAGUGACAACAGUGACAGUUCGAGUCAAAACAAAUCCAAUAAGGACAAUAGUGUUAUAUCUAGUGUAGUGUACACAAAUAAAGACUUAACUAAAGUGAGUGCCAUAACUCACGAGGGCUCCUCGGAGCAGGAGAUACUGAGCGAAACAGCCCAGCAGUUGAAUGCUGAUUUAUCUGAAGCAGGUACAUCAAAUGUUUUGAAAGCUGUGAACAGGACAGAGGUGAAAAUGCCCUCAAUACCGAGUGAACAGCCGAUAAAGAUGAAAGAAUACCCUGAAGCCUCACUCAAAGGGAGCUCAGCGCCGUUCAAUAACAUAAUGAACAGUUACGACAUGGACCCCAGCGACCCUUGCUACGGCCUGUGUCAAAGAGUGAUAAAAGACAUGACUCAAUAUGGAGUGUGUGUGUUAAAUAACUUCCUUGGUAAAGAGCGAGGACUCUUAGUUUUAAAAGAAGUGUUAGAAAUGCACAGAUCAGGGAUUUUCACAGCAGGUCAGCUAGUCUCAAAUCCAGGCAGCACAGAAGCACAGACGAUACGAAGUGAUCGCAUCACGUGGAUCGACGGCAAGGAACCCCACUGUUACCACAUAGGACAGCUUAUUAGUCAAGUAGAUAACAUAAUUCUAAAAGCAAACAAGAUGGUCAACAACGGCAAGAUGGGCAAUUACAGCAUCAACGGAAGGACGAAGGCUAUGGUGGCGUGUUACCCUGGCUCAGGCAGCCACUACGUCAAACACGUGGACAACCCCAACAAAGACGGGCGCUGCAUCACCGCGAUAUACUACCUCAACCUCGACUGGGACGUCAAGCGAUGUGGCGGCUUGCUCAGGGUGUUCCCGGAGGGUACAAACCAAGUAGCAGAUAUAUCGCCCAUAUUUGACAGAAUGCUGUUCUUCUGGUCCGACAGGCGGAACCCACAUGAAGUGCAACCUGCAUACGCGACGAGAUACGCGAUAACGCUAUGGUAUUUCGACGCCUACGAAAGAGAAGAAGCGCUUAAAAAGUAUAAACGCGUACAGCCUUCGUCGAGCAAGUGAUGGUGGAUGCGGCGAGGCUUCGUCUGCCUCUAGCGAACCGGCACUCGGCGGUGGCCUGUCAAAUGUGGACCUGCUACACGCAGCUCUGCCAUAUAUGGCCUCAAUUCAUCCCUUGUCAGUGAUUAGGGACAUACUCGGACAAGUCUACUUAUACUAUAAAUGCCAACAGAUCGAGGAUAAUACUUAUAAAACAUUACCUAUGAGUUUAGAUAGUGUUUUUUUUAAUUAAUUUCAAGUGAUUUAUUGUCUAUAGCUAAAAAUCGCGCUAUGCAUAAAAGUUUUAUAUACGCAAGAUAUAAUAUGCCAGAUCUGCUGGCCCUAAUCCAUACACAAUAAUCUGUCUUACUAUUACAAAACAAUGUAUAAAACGUCUACUUUUGAGUAAUCACAGUUCCUUGGCUUUUUUUUUUUAAUUUCCACGCAAAUCAUAUAUCUUUUGUUUACUGUAUGACUCUAUGUACAAUAUACCACUUGAUUUGUACUAUUUUCAUUGAUAUAUUUAUACUUUCACAACUUUGGCUCAAUUAUUACUGUAUUUGUGUAUUACUAAAGGUUGUAAAAGGGGGUACAACCCCCUAAAAUUAUAAUUAUCAAAGUCCAACAUGUCCUUACAAUUAUAAUUUUACUUAUGUCAAUAUUGACAAAAACAUUUUACAAAGAGUAACAAACAGCGUCCAAAAAAAAAUCAAAAGAAAUGAUAACUUAAAGGAGAUGGUCCAAAAUUGUAUGGAGCCCAGGAUCAGUCAUUGUACCCUGGCGGAAAUAAAAGAAGAUAUUUUUUUUAACUAUUUUUGAUUAUACAAAUCUACGAGUUUACUUUAAUUCUUUCGAAAUAAUAUUAAUUUUCUCCCAAGAAAUGCAACAUUAAUUUGGGUAAUAAUGGCGGAUAGAUGACGUUUUCAAUGCAUUAAUCGAUUUGACGUUUGCUGUCAAUUGUCAUAUCAUAGUUGCUCUAUGGGCGCCAUCUUGACAUGACUCUAAAACUUGUGAUUUUAUUUAUUUCUUUUUAUUUAGUUAGAUUUAUUCACUUUAGUAAAUUUUAAUAAAAUCCUUGUAAUUUUUAAAUUUUAAUGAUACGUGGUACAAGAGUGGACCUGAAAUGGACCAUCUCCUUUGCUGUCGUAUGUGAGAGAAAGGAAAGCAAAACAGUGGCGCUGUAACGCGUUACGUUACGUUACCCUCCCAUAAGAAAUUAUCACUUCAAAAAAAAGUUUAUAACGUGCCGCAUUUAUUGAGUCCGUAUUAAUAUUGUAAUAAAUGUGAAAUAAUAGAUAUUUAAAUACAUAAAUUGUGUAAUAUAUGUUUGUUUAUAUGACAAGAGUCUUAGUAUAAGGAGUUAAGUGCAUUUUAAAGGUAAUUUUUGUUCAUACCACCACUGGUAUUAUUAUGGCUAUAAGGGCCAGUUUCGUCACCCUUUGAUAAGUGUUAAAUAAUAUAACAAUGAAGUUUCCUAACGAUGUUUUUCCUUCACCGUUUGAGAAACGUGAUAUUUAAUUUCUUAAAAUGCACACAACUGAAAAGUUGGAGGUCCGGAUUCGAUCCUACGCCCUCCGAAUCGAAGGCAGAGGUCAUAUCCAUGGGCUAUCACGUCUCUUUAUAGUAUAUAGAUAUACUUUAAGUUGUGUAUUUAUUUUUUUCAACAUAACUGUACAUAUUGAAAAUAGAUACUUACCAUAAAUACAGCCAUUAUAAAUAAAUAUAUGUAUAAUUCCAAAUAUGGCUGAAUUUACCAUAAAUACUUUGCCAGUAUUUAAUAAUAGCUUAUUGUUUACAGUUUCGAAGCUCGAGCUUCGAAAACAAUUAUAAAACAAGUUGAUUGCAUCAUCACUUACCAUCAAAUUAGAUGAUUGUGGUUAAGGGAUAACUAGUAAAUAAUAAAAAAGUCUGCUUUACAGUUUCGAAGCUCGAGAUUCGAAGCUUCGAAAACAAUUAUAAAGAAGAUUUACAAAGUAUGAUGUUUGUGGUAAUAAUAUUAAAUAAUGGGAGUCAAAAUGUCCCAUAAUAUGUAAAUUGUUUUACCCUUACAAUAUUAUAGAGUGAUCAAUUUGCCUAACUAAGACUAACAACAAUAUCUUGUGAACACAAAAUCGACCAAUAGCCGCAAACAGCAGAUAUCGCUCUUUUUCGUUGAUAUAGGACGAAGGAGAUAGCGAUAUUUCCGGUUCGGCUCAUUCAUUUUGCUUCACGUGAUUUCUGUGAGUCCUAGAAAUAUAAAACCUCUAUUGGGGGGACCACAAGUAUUUUCAAUCUGUGCUUAAUAUGCGAAUGAGUGAAAUUACUUCUUUUUUUCGCAACAUGGCGACGAUUUUUAUUUUUCUGUAAGGCUAACAUGCGACAAACGUGAGUCUCUUGCACAGAAAUAGACAGUUUUUUUUGCGUUAUCUGUUGUUUUUGGUUAAAAGAGACGGGACUGGGACAACUCCGCCGCCAUUGGACGAAAUUUUGUCUAUUUAUCUCCACUUGGUCGCAUGCUAGGUCAAGCUAUACGUACCGUGUUUGUGUUGUGCGUAUGAAGUUGCAAAUGACAUUUAAAUGUUUCAUCUUGCGCUCAUUCAUGGAAAAAGUCCUGUCAAAUUAAAAAAAAAUCCAUAUAGCAGAGCGAAUUUACCAAUUGUGUGUAAAAAAAAUAUAGUAUUGAAUUUUAUACAAAAAUGUAGUUAGACUAUGUAUAAAUAUGUGUAUAAUAAAUAUUAAACAUACUAUUAAUUCUGAAUAAUAUAGGCUAGACUAUAGUAUAUUUUGAUAAGUAAAGUAAGCUGAAUAGAGAGGACAUGGGUUCGAUUCUUAGCUUGGCUCAGUUUCGGAUUUAAAGAUUUCUAAAUUGGCUCAGGUCUGGUCUGUUACCACCCUACCGGUAAAGACGUAUGCGAUUUAGCGUUCGGGUACGACGUCGUGUAGAAACCGUAAGGAGUGUGGAUUUUCACCCUACUCCUAACAAGUUAGCACGCUUUUAUCUUAGAUUGCAUCAUCAAUGAGAUUGUAGUCAUGGGCUGACUUGUAAAUAAUUAAAAAAAAAAGUAUGCCUAUUUAUUCAGAAUUAUGAGUACCGCACAUUAGAUUAAAUUCUAAUUAUACUAGUUAUUACCUAUUUGUAACAAAUAAUAAUUUAAUUUAGAUUAUAGUAAAACUUAUGAGAAGAGUUUUUAUUAUAUAAUUUUGUGAUUUUAUAAACUUGUUAUAAACAUGAGAAAUACAGUAAAAUACAUGUGUUUAUUUAUUUGUUUUUACUAUUGAAAAUAAUUCAAGUGAUUUCAAGUCAUAAAUUAAUUUUGUGGACACAGCUGUGUAUUAAAAUAUUUCUUUUUCAA